AUGCCGUGGCUGUCAGAACGAGAGGGUUUCUCUCAAUCAUUCGACUCAUUUGAUGUGCCACUCACUACUCGGUGGAUGAAGGAGCUUCAUCGUGCUCCACGCUCGAGUGCACUCCAACAUCAUUCCAUUGGUAUGCCAAUCUACACUCUCCUCUGCACUAUCUGCCACCUCUUCCCAACACUCUGCUCCUCGUUUAGACACAUGAGGUGUCACUUGGAGGCACGUAGUAGAAGCAACCAAGGUUGCCUUUUCUACGCAACAGCCUCUGCCAUGCCCUCUUGCAUGAUGAAGGCACUGCAUGCGAGAAAGAGCCUCAGGCACGCAUUGCCCGUCCGUGGGGAGGACUACGAGUCACGAAGAGGUGGCACUGAUGUAUACUGCUCGUGGAAAAGGGAGAGAGACGAGUGUGCAGUGUCCACGUCAACUGAGGACGUGGGUAGUGAGGCCAAUUACUUGGAGGAGGAUGUGAUGGAUGAUCAGGUGGCCGACACAGGAGAUGCGCCACCACGUCCACCCAAGUCAAUCACCACGGAGUCAAGAAAUUCCAUACGAAAUGCUUCACCGGCUGGCAUAUGGAUGGAGUCCAGUUCCUCUACUCAACGUCUUGAUGUGUCACCCAACCAUCACUACCACCGUUGUCAAUCGCAGCAACCACAACAUCAAAAGCAAUUUCAAGUCGGACCGCCUUCAUUACUUUCUAAACCACGGAUCAACAGUUACGGUACAAUCCGCGAUAAAUCGUCCUCUGCAAUGGGCCUGAGAAAGGCCCUAACCUCAGGCACAGAGUCGCUGUACCUCUCCAUAAGGGACAUUGAAAGCGGACUUGCUGAUGGUUCGCUUGUUCGACAAUUUGAGAAAUUGGAACGAGGUGAUCCCCAUGCCACAACACUUGAUGCUCAAAUAAAUGUGCGCAAAAAUCGUUAUCGUGACAUCUCCCCAUAUGACCACACUCGAGUGAAAAUUUUGGGUGCUGAUGGCGAUUACAUAAAUGCGAGUUUUAUUGAGAUGACAAUUCCCAAAGCAGCGCUGCGAAAAUACAUUGCCUCGCAGGGGCCCUUAAAAACCACCUGUGCCGACUUCUGGGAGAUGUGCUGGGAGCAUGACAGUGAACUCAUUGUUAUGCUCACUGAUGUGGGAGAACAAGGCAGGGAUGCCACUGCCGCGGGAUUGUCUCUCAAACCCAGUAAACCGAGUAUCACCAGCUUCUCUAGAGAGAAAGGCCCACCCAUAUUAAAUGGAGCAGAGGUGCGCCGAAUUGUACAGCUGCAGUAUAUUCAAUGGCCUGAUCACGGAGUGCCCAGCAAUUGUGCCGAUCUUAUUGCUUUUGUUGAGCGGAUGCGAGAAAUACGAGAUUGCGGUAAAUCCACCUACGCCGUCGUCCAUUGCUCAGCUGGCAUUGGGCGCACCGGAGUGGUCAUCCUCCUG